GAAAGACUCUCUGUGAGACCUUUUUUAAGUUGUUGUUGAACUUGUCUAGCAAAGAGAUGAUCUGUUCUGGUGAAUGUAGCCUCCUCUUUGUUUUCUCUCUCAACCUUUUCUUUUGCUUUUGGUAUAGUUUCUUUUGCUGCUGCUAUUAAAUAAUGGUACAUUGCCAGAUUCUCAAUCAUCUCCUCCACUCUGCAGGAAACCAACAUCAUUGCUCCCAAUAACAAAUCCUUUUCACCAUAUUGAAAUCUGAGCUCCAGACUUCAUACAAACUCCCCCCCUCCCAACUUUUUCCUUCUUCUCCUUCUCCUUCUCCUUCCAAUCUUUUCCCCCACUAAAAUUAAAAUCCCCCCAAUAUAAAUAUCAGUCAAUCUCUUUCAAACCAUCACCUUUUCUUUUUCUCUUUCUUAUCUUUCAUUUUUAUUUUUAUUUUUUUGUUGUCUAGUUUUGUUUUGCCCACAUGAUGAGUCAUUCUUCACCCACAAACUCUGUCAAUGGCUUCUACAACUUCCUCACCAGAGGCCUUGACAAUCUGGACCAUUUCUUCCUCACUCAGAAUUUCAUGUCUGUUCAGUUCCUUCAACAUGUCCUGUCCCUACUCCAAUCUUUUCAUUCUCAGUUAACUUUUUUGAUCCAAAAGCUGCACUUGCCUGUUGGUGAGAAAUGGCUUGAUGAAUACAUGGAUGAAAGCUCCAGGCUUUGGGAAGCCUGCCAUAUACUCAAAGCAGGGGUCUGCAACAUGGAAAAUUACUACUCUGCUGGUUCCAAUAUCGCUUCUUCCCUUGAUGAUCAUCCCAUUUUAAACUUGCAACUUUCCCGCCAGGUCUUUAGGGCGAUCACGGGUUGUCAAAGGGAAAUAGUGGCAUUGGAAGAGGAAAACAAGAGCUUGAUGGAAACAAGAACUCAGCGUUUAUCACUGAGAUUCAAUGAAAAUGUGCUGAUCGAAUCAAAGUUUAAUGGGUUCACUGGAUUCAGGGGAGUUCUUUAUGCCAUGAGAAAUGUCAGCUCAUUGCUUCUGUUGAUCUUGUUCAGUGGCCUUGUUCUUUAUUGGCCUGGAACCAGCCUUUGGCAAGGAGAUUAUGAAGGAAACAUGGUAUUCGGAUCAUCUUUCAUGGUUUCAACAGCAAGAUUGCAUCAAAGGGUUGCAGCAGAGAUUAAUCACAUUGAAGGGCAGCCAAGAAUCCUGCUUUAUGAGUUUCAGGCUGCAAGAAUGGCCAUGGAUGAACUGAAACAGGAUUUGGAGAAGAAAUUGCUCUAUGAAUCAGAAGUAGACAUUCAAGACAAGGUUGAAAGUGUGAAGAAUUGCUUUGAGAUGCUCAAAUCAGGAGCUGAAAGUCUAAUUGCUCAACUUGAUGACUUCUUUGAUGAAAUUGUUGAAGGAAGAAAGAAGCUUUCAGAUAUGUGCACCCAUAGGUAGGAAAAUUUUUUAAUCAAAAAAAUUACCGGAAAACAAAAAAAGAAGAAGAAAAAAGGGUUCCUUUUCCAUGGCCAUAGCUAGUAGGGAUUAGAAAAAACAAGGUGAUGAUGAUGAAGUGUAAGAAGAAAUCAGCUAGUGGAGUAGUAUUUUUUUCUUUCUUUUUUUUUCCUCCCUUUUUUUAGAGCUUUUAUUAAUCUUUGCUUUCUUCCCUCUUUUUUUAUUUUUUUGGUAUUUAAUUUUGAUGUCCUUUUCAAGCCUACAAUCUGCCUCUUGUGCUACUGUUUUAAUGGUUUUUUAGCUUUAGGAAGAAGUUAUUUUAACAAGAUUUAUAUGAAGG